AUGACGACUAAGACCAUCUAUGGGAACUCGCGAUUUCAGAAGCCCUCCUCUCUACGCUGGACGAGGGAGUCAUCUGGUGGAGGGUGCCGUAAUGAAAUAGACCACAUCAUCGUCAAUAAAAGGUUCUGCCUGACGGAUGUCGCUGUUGUACCAAAGUUCUAUACGGGAUCGGACCAUCGCCUCCUCCGAGGAAGAUUUUCCUUCACAAGGAGAGCAGAGAAAGCCGCCAAGUUCAGAGAGAGAAAUCCCAUUACUACCAUCAACUGGGAUCUCUUCGCUACGCUAGCCGGCUUUUGGGAAGAUUCCGCAAAGGACAACAUCGACGAGGAAUAUGACUGGCUUGUUGAACACCUUCACGACUGCGCGAAGAAGGCUGAGAGUUUUAAAACCACCAAGAGGCGCCUGUCUCUUGAAACUCUUGAGCUGAUACGCCAGCGUGGAGCAGCACGAGCCGCAGGGAACCAAGAACUCACGUCCGAGCUCGCAAGGCUUUGCAGAGAGGCGAUAUAG